GGACAAAGUAGCCGAGGACAAAGGCCGAAUGGGAAGGCAGUCACGGCCCCUGCGAUCACAAAGAUCAGCGGCUAGAGCGCCUCAUUUCUGGUGUGCUCAACCACAGAGUACCGGCCGGAGCGUCGCCUAAUGCUUUGUGAAGGUAUCGACGGGGAAGAGGAAGCGGAAGCCGCCGGCAAAAUGGCGGCUGUCGAGGAGGAAGAAAUGGGGAGCAGCUGGAGAAGGAGGGGAGUUGCUGAAUGGUUGUUUCGAGGGGUUCUCCUCUGCGCUUUGGCGGCAGGCUCCGGGUGGUGCAACUCUGUGGAGAAGAAAAUCUACAUCCCGCUGAACAGGACAGCUAUGUGUGUUCGCUUGAUGAAUGCCACACAUCAGAUAGGCUGCCAGUCCUCCAUGAAUGGAGACACGGGAGUUAUCCACGUGGUGGAGAAGCAGGAAGACGUCCAGUGGGUGCUGUCUGACGGCCCUCAUCCCCCAUACAUAGUGCUGCUAGAUGGAGACCUUUUUACCAGGGAUAUGAUGGAUCAACUCAAAAAAAGCUCACGGAUCUCCGGGGUGGCCGUGGCCAUUGCCAAACCCAGCCCUGUAGGAGGAUUCUCUCCUGGCUCCAAAUGCCCAAAUGAUGGCUUUGGUGUCUACUCCAGCAAAUAUGGCAGUCAGUACGCUCACUGCAAUCGUAUGGAGUGGAAUCCCCUGGGCAAUGGCCUUUUCUAUGAGGACUUCAGUUUCCCCAUCUUCCUCCUUCACGAUGAGAACGAGACUCAGGUUAUUAAACAGUGCUACCAAACCUACAACCUCCCUCGCAACGGCUCAGUCCCGCAGUACCCGCUGUGUGCCAUGCAGAUGUUCUCCCACAUGCACGCCGUGACCAGCACGGUGACUUGCAUGCGGCGCACCCACCUCCAGACCACUUUCAGCAUCAAUCCGGAAGUUAUCUGUGACCCACUCUCUGAUUACAACGUGUGGAGCACACUGAAGCCCAUCAACGUUUCUGCGAGUCUGAACUCCACCGAGAAAGUCAUCAUGGUUGCGACUCGAAUUGACAGCCAUUCCAUGUUCUGGAACGUGGCUCCCGGGGCAGCGAGCGCCGUCACGUCUUUCGUCACCCACUUGGCCGCAGCCGAAGCCAUCCACAAAGUGCCGGACGUUCAGACGUUGCCGAAAAACAUCAUGUUCACCUUCUUCCAGGGGGAAAGCUUUGAUUACAUCGGCAGCUCCCACAUGGCCUACGAAAUGCAGAAAGAGACGUUUCCAGUCAGGCUGGAGAAUAUCGAUUGCUUCCUGGAGCUGGGCGAGAUCAUGGGAAGGAAUUCCUCUGUUCUCUGGAUGCACACAGAUCCUGUAUCCCAGAAGAACUUGUCUUCUGAGAUCAGCAGCAUGACGGCAGCGUUGAAGAACAGCGUCGCUGCCACCAAGGUGGACGUGCGCGAGAUUGGCUCGUCCCAGGCUCUCCCGCCGUCAUCCUUCCAGAGAUUCCUGAGGCUCAGGGAGAUCCCCGGCUUGGUGCUAGCUGACCAUAGUGCCUCUUUCCAAAACAAGUACUACCAGAGCAUCUACGACACAGCGGAGAACGUCCAGCUGGAGUAUCCUGAGUGGAUGAGCCCCGAAGAUGCCUUGGAUCAUGUGACAGAGACGGCCAAGUCCCUGGCAGAAGUGGCCACUGUGGUUGCCCGCGCUCUCUACCAGCUUGCGGGGGGAAGUGGCAACGCCUCAGCUAUUCAGGCAGAUCCAAGGACGGUCACACGUAUGUUGUACGGCUUCCUGGUUAGGACAAACAACAGCUGGUUCCAGUCAAUUGUUAAGUCAGAAAUGAAAGGAUUUCUAGAAAAUGAACCCCCUCCAUACUACAUCGCUGUUUCCAAACCUGUGAAUGCAACCCUCCUCGUGCAAUACGUCUUGGCCAAUCUGACCGGCACCGUGAUCAACCAGACCAAAGAGCAGUGCUUGAAAUCUAGCGGAGACCUGUACGAGUACGCGUGGGUGCAGGGAUCCCUGGAUCACAACUCUACAUCCAGCCGCGUUCCGUUCUGCGUCAGAUCGACAGCCCGGCGCACUCAGGCCAUCUCCCCGGCCUUUGAGCUCCAAGAGUGGGGCUCCACCGAGUACUCCACCUGGACGGAGAGCCGCUGGAAAGAGCUUCACGCCCGGAUCUUUCUCGUAGCCAGCAAGCAGCUCGAGAUCGUCACGCUCAUCGUGGGCAUAGUCAUCCUGAUAGUCUCGUUCGUCGCCACCUACUUCAUCAACGCCAAAGCGGAUGUGCUCUUUGCAACCUUGCAGGACUCUGGAGCUCCGGCGUAUUGAAACUACCCCACGGGGGGUUCCCCGGGAGGCCUUGCAAAGCCGGACAAGAGUUGACGGACAGGUAGAUGACUUGUCACAGCUGGUAGAGCGACACUGGAGUCUCUUCCCUGGGUUGAUGUGCACAGUGGAAUUGAAAAGAGUCCCCUCCCUGAAUCUUGACUGGACGAAGACAGUGGCGCUCCGUGGACACCCCUGCACUGUCUCUUUGACGAUCCUCUCCAUACAGCCACACGAAAAAGAAGAGUCAGUUAUCUUGAGAACGAUGUCCAUGCAGGCAUCCCGGUGAGGCUGUGAGUGGGAUACCGAAUCUUCAUCUCCAGGGGUCAGCAUGGGUAGGGGGGCUUUUUUGCAGUUUCUUCAGACCUCUGGCCCUUCCUCCGCUAUUCUCCCCUUCAAAGACGCUGAUUAUCUGGAGAGCUCCUCCAAUCCUUGAAUUAUCAAGAUGCAAAUAAAGAAGGACCUGGACUUUUGGGGUGAGAUGGGGUGGGAAACGGGGAGUUAGGUGUAAAAUAUCAUUUUUUUAAAAUUUAGAAUUUUUUUGUACAUAUGAUAUAAAUAGCUUGGUUUAAUUAAAAAAAAUCACCCAACUUAUUAAUCAAA